GAAACGUGGCCAUACAUUUCACGCUUAGUUUCUAGUACUCAAUACUCAUGAGUCAUACGAUCAGCGGGAGUCAUUGUUCAUCCGAGAGUUCACAUUGGAUCCUCUGGAGCGGCUUGAUGGCCCCAGCCAGCCAUCGCCAUUUCCGCCGACGUCGUACCUGUCCACCGUUAUAGACUAGAACUACAAUGGCAAGCCAAGAUUCCCAGGGUUUUACAUGGCACUACACGGAGCUGGAUGACCGAAAUCUCGAAAUCCGAGGCCGAACAUUUUUCUUCGUGGUCGGGCUGUUCUCUAUUAUCCUUUUCGCGACCCUUCUCUUCCUGUAUGCUCGCUGGAUCUGGAGGUACCGUGGCCAACAUCCUACCACGUACCAUUCCAACGGAGCACGCCUAACACCGCCGCCUUCUCCGCCUCAGGGCCUCGACCCGGUUUCGAUCAAGAAAUUGCCUAUAGUUUUGCACCAAAGGGCUUCGGACGCCACCUAUAAAUUGGAGGGAACAGAGUGCUGUAUUUGCCUGAGCACGUUCAAAGACGGAGAGAAAUUGAAGGUUUUGCCCGGCUGCGACCAUAGUUUCCAUUGCGAGUGUGUUGAUAAGUGGCUUUCCAAUCACUCUAGCUGCCCUCUCUGCAGAUCUUCUCUCAAGGUUCAGUCUCCCUUUCCCAAGAUUUUGACUCAAGAACCAGCCAAUCGAAUCAAUCUUCCCUGGUAGCUUUGUUUUAUUUCUAGUAUUAGUUGUUAACUUGGCGGCUAUUUAUGUAUGAGCAGUGAGCAUGGAACGAGUAAUUGUAAAUCCAAGUUUCUCUUUUAUUUAGACUUGAGCUUGCGAUUGCAAAUGGCAAAAAGAUAAUAAUGAAAGUGGACUUGUUGGUGAGAGUAUUUAAUUUGAGUCCGUUCGUUGGUUCUUAAGUUAGAUAGGGUUUCGAAGACAUUCUAGUUAGGGACGCCAGUUGUGGGAUGAAGGUCCCGAAAAGAGUUGGUGUUUUGAGUCAGCCUGCGGGUUGGGUGCGUGCGUCCGAUAGGGACAUAUGGUCCAGCUUUGUGUUAUGUUAUGCAAAACGGAAGUGGAAAAAAUUGGGACCCCAAUAUCUGAGUAGAUGAUUCUGUUCUCAGGUGAGUGCUGAUCUAUGUAUGGUUUGCACUGGCUAAUGAGUUAGGAGGAUGCUUUGCUUGCUGUUAAAGGUUGGGUUGUCGCGUGACAUGGAAAGCUGCAUGCGUCCAACCCCAACUUUUGUCUGUUAAGUUGAGUGUUGCUUUCUGGCACCCGCGGGAGUGACUGGGACUGGGUCUUGGAGGUCCAUUAGACCAUGACAGUCGAGUUGUGGCAGUCUAGCAGAAUGGAUUGAUAGGAUAAGAAUAAGAUAAUGUGCUUUUGGAAUUUGGAAUUGGGGUGCUCUCUUGCUGCGAUCAACCAAUCAAUGAAGAUGGAUGGAUUAAUGGCAUGCUUGGCUUAUCCACUCCCGCCUGUAUCUUCAAGGUAUGGGCUUGUGUUAUGCAGCUGAUUAUCAUGUCAUGCUCAUACUUCUGUGACUGUGAGCCAGCCAGCUCCAUUGUUCUGCAGGCUGCAACUUAUCCUCUGGUUUUGCUGUUGAUUUCGGGCAGUCAGCUCUUGUAAAGAGAUGAAUAAAGUUAUAAUCAGUGUUUAAUUCAUCUUGUUUUAUGAUUUUUUA